AUGGCGGCGGGUGCUGACGGCGAGGACGGCCUGGCCGACGCUGGUACAUAUGGCAGGCAUGUGGAGCUGACGGCGUCGGCGGUGCUGCGAGGACGUUUUGGCUUGGAUCGCAACGAGCUUGGCGAGUGGUACCCCAUCGAGUACGUGAAGGAUGAGGACGCUGGCUCCUGGAAGGACGGGAAGCUGGUCGCCGCCGAUUGCUUGCGUCCCCCAAUGUCGAGGUUGGACGACCGGCUGUUCCCGAUCGUCGAGGGCGCCCCAACGACGCCCGGAGAGAUGCUUGGUGGCGCGCCCGCGGCUGCGGCCUCUGUAGGCGCGGAGGCUCAGGAGGACCUUCGCACAUGCUGGAUCGACGUAGACGAGACAGGGGCCCGCUUCAAGGAACGGCGCAAAGUGGUGCAAGAGGGCACCCAGGAGGUGCCGACCUUGCACCUGGCGGGAACCUACGAUCAAGUCAACAUGGGGGCCCUCGCGUCGCUGGAGGUGGUCGCUAGAAGGCUUCUUCAGUACACGGAGGCCAACGCGCACGGGGCAGACCAGGCCGACUGGGGGGCGGCGAAGCACUUGGCGGGGACGUCCAACCCGCUCGACCUGGUGCCAGACGCGCUCAGGAGCUAG